AUCUAUUCUCAAUGCCCGAAGCACUGUACAGUUUACUGACGAGUCACGCACCGCUUGUCAGAAAACUUCGGAGGUCGGGAAUAAUUCUUUGGUAAUUACGGCGGCGAUUCAUUGUAUCGUCGUUUAGGGAAUUAGGAGAUUUCUUCAAUUAAGAAAAAAGGUUAGUUUUCCCAAGUCGGGCUACAAGUAAUAUGGGAGUCUUAGGAACAACGAAAAAUGUAGAAGCAAUGGAGGUUGAGGUUCCUGCGGGCACUGAGGCGCCUGCCGGCGACGGGGAUGCAGGUGAUAAAAAGGAUGCAGAUUUGUUAACGAUCCAUGAUCUUCGUGAGCACACCCGACAGAUCGAGAAGGCGGUACAGAACAAAGAGCCACGGUUUAUCCUUCGUGUUCUCCGUGCCCUACCUAACACCAGGCGCAAACUGAACCCUGUGGUACUUCGUGGAAUUAUUGGUGGGUUUUACACCCGCUCCGCCGCUGAGAAGGAUGCUCUUCUCGCUUGGGUUGAAGAACCAAUGGACACUGAAGGAGCGCAGGCAGCUAUUCAACGCUUCCGCAGCUCCGCAUUGCCCCUACUACCAGAGAUUGAUGCCUACGUGCAUUUACUAGUCCUUGUGAGACUAAUAGAUACCCAGAAGCAUCAGGAUGCGGUACGCUGCUCCGAAGCCCUUGUGCAGAAAAUUACCGCACAAAAUCGAAGGACGAUCGAUUUAAUUGCAGCAAAAUGCUACUUUUAUCAUACUAGGGCAUACGAGCUGACAGACCAACUGGAUAAAAUCAGGGGUUUUCUUCAUUCGAGGUUACGGACAGCCACCCUACGCAACGACUAUGAAGGCCAAGCUGUGCUAAUUAACUGUUUGUUGCGUAAUUAUCUACACUACAAUUUGUAUGAUCAGGCAGACAAGCUAGUGUUGAAAUCAACGUUUCCGGAAUCAGCUAGCAAUAACGAAUGGGCCAGGUUUCUCUACUAUCAGGGAAGAAUUAAGGCUGCUCGAUUGGAAUACUCUGCUGCGCACAAGUAUCUUGUACAGGCGAUGCGAAAAGCUCCACAAACAACUGCUGUUGGAUUCCGACAAACUGUGCAAAAGCUUGCGGUAACGGUAGAGCUUCUGCUGGGAGACAUCCCGGAGCGCCAGAUAUUCAGGCAGGCAGCUCUGCGCCGGUCCCUUGCUCCUUACUUCCAACUAACCCAGGCAGUAAGACUUGGAAACUUGCAGCGAUUCGGGGAGGUUCUGGAAAACUUUGGACCUCAAUUUAGAUCCGAUCACACUUUCACGUUGAUUCUUCGACUGAGGCACAACGUCAUUAAGACCGCAAUUCGUUCCAUAGGGCUAUCCUAUUCUCGGAUUUCUCCAGCGGACAUUGCUAGGAAGCUUGGCCUCGAUUCAGGUGUUGACGCUGAAUUUAUUGUGGCCAAAGCAAUCCGCGAUGGAGUUAUCGAGGCGACUCUUGACCCUGAGAACGGAUAUAUGCGCAGCAAAGAAACAACAGAUAUAUAUUGUACCAGAGAACCUCUCCUCACAUUUCACCAACGUAUCACUUUUUGUCUAGACUUGCACAAUCAAAGUGUCAAAGCGAUGCGCUAUCCUCCAAAAUCCUAUGGUAAAGAUCUGGAGUCUGCCGAGGAGCGCAGAGAGCGAGAACAGCAGGAUUUGGAGCUUGCUAAGGAAAUGGCUGAAGAGGAUGAUGACGGCUUUCCUUAAUUACCAUAGUCUUAUAUCUUGAGAUUCUUACAAAUAAAAUAUUAUUCAUUUUCUGUAACAAUUAAAUUAAUAAAUCAAUGUUUCGACAA